AUGGCAGCUGGGACUCUACUGAUACUUCUGAUGUGUUCAGUUCUCACUGGGCAAGGGUCAAAGGCUCAGGACUGUGGAGUGGCACCCCUGAACACAAGGAUAGUGGGUGGUGAGAGUGCCAAAGCUGGGUUAUGGCCCUGGCAGGUCAGCUUGAACUUCAGUUUUUAUGGUCACAUCUGUGGAGGGACCCUCAUCAGCGAUCAGUGGGUACUCACAGCAGCCCACUGCAUCAUAACGCAAUCAGUUAGUCCAUGGACUCUGCACUUUGGAAGAGAAACUCAAAGUGGCCCUAAUGUUCAUGAGGUGAACCGCACUGUGUCCCAAAUCAUCGUCCAUCCUGACUACAACAACACUUAUUUGAACAAUGACAUUGCCCUAAUGAAGCUCAGAAGCCCUGUUGCGUUUACUGACUACAUCAGACCUGUGUGCCUAGCAAGUAGCGCCAGCCAGUUUUACAACUCCACCCCCUGCUGGGCCACUGGCUGGGGCAGACUUGGAAAGGAUGAACCCAUGGAGGCUUUUGAGACACUUCAGGAGGUUCAGAUUCCUGUUAUUGGACACAAGCAGUGCAGCUGCAGUUACAACACACAAACAAUUGCGAACAUAUCGGACAACAUGAUUUGUGCUGGGCAAGAGAACAAAGGAGCAUGUCAGGGGGACUCCGGUGGACCUUUACAAUGUAAACAAGGCUCAGUGUGGAUUCUGGCCGGCGUUACCAGUUUUGGAGUACCUUGUGCCCUGGCUGGUUACCCUGAGGUCUACGCCCGAGUUUCUCAGUUCCAGACUUGGAUCAAAGAUCAAGUGGCAGGGGAUAAUGUUAGCUUUGUGACAUUCACCCCCAGUGGCAACGACCAAGACAACAGCUUUGUGUGUCGCACAGAAUCUGGAAAUACAACCACAGCAGCUCCACCUCCAAACUCCACAGCAUCAACUUUUGCAGCUGAGCUUGCAUUUGUUGUCAUCUUAGUAACAUUGUUCCUGCAGCACAUUUUAGCUCAAUAGUUUUGCAAAACAACUUCUGAAAUUCCACUUCUUAUUGUGUUUGUCUUUUAAAUCAUUUUACAAAGUUUCAGAUUCUACUUGCAUAUAUGUUCAAACUGGAUGUUUUUUGCACUCAAUUCUUUCCU